AUGAGGUAUCCUAAUUUGGGCAGCAUUUUUUCCGUGUGCUUUUCGUCGAUCGAAGUAAAAGUUCAGCGAAGACGACAAUUUGCCGCCAGAGUACGGCCCUUUCGAUGAGGACGAGCCGCUGAUUCCAACCGAAGAGCCGACGAAACCAAAGUCUUUGGUCGCCGCCACUCUACUCACGGUUCUCGUCUUCCUGCUUCUUAUUUCCACUGUCGCAUUCGCUUCUCUUUACUUCCACAUGCUCAGAGAGGUUAUUUUCCUCAAACAUGAUCGCCUAAAUCGAAAGUUCUCAGAAGUAUGCCCGGCUACCGAAAUGGCCAAAACCAUCGCUCAGCCCGCUUGGAAAGUAUUCGAAAGCAGCAGUCGCAGCUGACAACGAAUAUUGUUCUGAGAUCGGCAGGUUUCUAGAAGCUGAAGCUUUUGAAAACAGUAGACGACAGAAAUGCACUGCUUCAUGGAGGAAACGCAGUCGACGCUGCGAUCGCCGCCUUGUUCUGCAUAGGAGUGAUGGAUUCGCACUCGGCCGGUCUUGGCGGCGGCCACUUCAUGACUAUCUACAAUGCGUGAGUUUUCGAGUAUCUCUUUAGUUGUUUUAUCGUGAUGAAAAGCUGUCUUACGAUGGUUGAAAAAUGGUUUUUUUUAUUCGAGCCGUCUUUUUACAAAACUAAGAAACUUUGAGGGUUGCUUCCCGGAACUUUUCAUAGUAAAACAAAGAAUGUUUGUGAAUUUUCUCAUAGAACUCCAUGAAGAAAGGCCGUUGUUUCUGUUAAGCCAGCACGGUAUUGACAUUAAAACUAAUUGGUUUGACGCCUUGUUAAUUAUCUCAUUUUGUUAAGCACUACCAAACAAUGCACUGUGAUCGACGCCCGCGAAGUCGCGCCUCUCGCGUCGACCGAAGAGAUGUUCAAGGGGAAGUGGAACGAAAGCCAAAUCGGUUUGCUUGAAGAAUUUUCCUCGGUAAGAACCGAUUUUGAGGCUGGAAAGCAAUCGCUGUACCAGGAGAGCUUCAUGGACUCCGGACAGAGUUCCUACGGUUCGGAAGCGGGAAAGUGACGUGGAAGAGUUUGGUUGAACCGACGAUGGAGCUACUUUCCGAAGGAUUCCCCACGUCGCACGCCCUGGCCAAGGCCCUCUUUCAGAAGGCCGCCGCUAUCGCUAGCGAACCUACCAUGAUGGAUUUCAUCAACCCAAUCACUAAAAAAGUGUACGCGCCAGGAGAGCAGAUCACCACGAGAAAGAAGUUACUGGAGACAUUGCGGAAGCUGGCAGACUCCGCCGAUCCCAUCGCAGAAUUCUACAACGGCUCUUUGACGUCCCAGAUGAUCGCAGAGUUCAAAAAUCACGGUUAGGGAAAGUUAUACGUAUUCUCGAACCAAAAUGUUUACGCCAGGUGGAAUAAUAACAUUGCGCGACAUGCAAGAGUACCGAUCGGUUGUACACGACUCUUCCGAGGUUGUGUAUACACGGCUACGGGAUGGAAGGACUAUCUGCGGUCCGCCGCCGCCUUCCGGAUCUCCCGUCACUCAGGCCAUUCUGAAUGUCAUGGACGGCUACGAGUACGAUCUCAAAUCGUUCAAGGACAUUUCCACGCUUUACCACCAUUUCAUAGAGGCGUCAAAGUUCAGGUAUAUCCCUUCAUUUUCUGAUAACCAAAGACUACUUAGCAAUUUUCCUGACAGGUGGAAAAGUUUCUGAAUGCCUAGUUAGGGUUCAAAAUCCGCUUUGGAAUUUUGGACGGCUUCCAAGACCAAAAAUGAAUGAUUCUUCUUUGGAGUGACUUGGAACUAAACUAGCAGUUUCUUCAAUAUUGUUUUUUUUUUUUAUUUCAUCCUCUACAUAAAUUUCCGUGGUCAAAACGAAAGUGAGAUGCCUAAGAAAUCAGUCCCUUGUCGAGAAAAUCGAUUAUCAUCGUUUAAGCUACGCCGCGAGAAGCUGGCUCGGCGACCCGGAAUUCGUAGGGAACGCUACUCGGAUCGCCCACAACAUCACGAGCGACGCGUGGGCCGAAUGGGUGCGGUCAGUGAAAAAAACCUUCAACGACUCCUUGCCUUUUAGUUCAAAAAUAACAGACAGGACGCACGACGACGCCUACUACGGAGGCUCUUUCGAAGCACCGCCUCAAGACCACGGGACGACCCACAUUUCCGUUGUCGACGCUGACGGGAACGCUGUCUCCGUCACUUCGACCAUCAACCUAUAGUGGGUUGACGGAUCCGGAAAGAUUUCCAAUAGUUUACAGCCUAGGCGCAAUGGUCGCCUCGGAGUCUACUGGUGUCCUUUGGAACAACGAGAUGGACGACUUCAGUACUCCAGGACAUCCAAACUUUUUCGGCUUUCCGCCUUCGCCGGCCAACUUCAUCCGACCUGGCAAGAGACCAAUGAGCAGCCAAAGUCCCCUCGUCAUUUUUGAUUCACAGGGCAAAAAAGUGAGUUUUUAUGAGAACCCUUUUCCCAACAAUUCUCACUAAUACUGACAAAGAUCAAAACGAAAAGUGACUCAGGAAGUGUUGGCCGUGGGCGGCGCCGGCGGAUCGACCAUCAUUUCGGGAGUGGCUGGAGUGGCGCUGCACGCCCUUUGGCUCAAGGCCGACGUGAAGCAGGCGGUAGAUGCUCCACGGAUGCACAACCAGCUGCAGCCCAACUACACCUGGUACGAGCCUGACUUUCCCAAGGUGAGAAGACCUAGAGAAGCGCCGAAAUCGCCUCUGCAGGCGUACAUCCACGAGAUGGAGCAGCGCGGCCACACGAUGGUCGCCGUCAACAACCUGACGGUGGUGACGGCGGUUCGAAGGGCGUCGGACGACCAGGUCUACGCGAACAGCGACUUCAGGAAAGGAGAAGAAAGUGCCCCCGCUGGCUAUUGA